UGAGACAAAUGACUCUGGGGUGAAUACUUACCCCAGCCACCAUACAACAACAUCCCAUAUGUCCAGCGUGGCUGUGUUAAUGUGAAAUGUGGUAGAUUCUGUAGGAUCGGAGAGGUAGACAGCUAUGGUACUCAGGCUACUGGCACCAAAAUAGCAGAUGACCAUUUGAAUUUCAUCUGUCGCUCACUCGACACCUAAGAGUCACUCAGAUAUUUGUACUUCCUGUGUUACAGCUCUGGCCUUGCCGGCAACUAUUUCGGUGGGGUGUGUUCGGUUCCUUCUCCUUCAGUCUUUUCAAGCAUUUACUUGAACAUGGAUUUCUAUCAUGAGCUUCAGGCUGUGUUCAGCAAAGAGCAUUUUUAUAGUGAUCUUAUAUGGAGUAAAAGGAAAGUCUGACCUCACUUGGUGGCUAGUGUGAAAUUUACCUUUAAGGAUUCGUCUUUUUAAUAAUUUUUUAGCGAAUGGUUUUGUCCCAGGACAAACUACAGAACUUCAAUAAAAAAAGGGAAAUCACAAUGUAAUCUCCAAUAUGUGGUGUUGACAAUGCAAGAAGUGUCAAACCACGUCAAUUCUGCAUCAGACUGAAAGAACUGGAAAUACACAUCCAUCAUGAGCAACCAAGAGAAGCGCAACAGAUCAAGCAUGCACCAACUCCGCUAUCUUGAUAGCUUUAUGGAUGAUAUAGACCGUGAGGUCAUGAGCCUGACGGAUCGAGCUUUUAAGAGUUUGUGCAUUGGAGAUGAAGCAAUCUACAAUGACUCAGAGUUUUCCCCCUCUCUAGUCAGCUGCCACAAGCCAAUGGUGGAGGACGUCUCAAAAAAGACUCAGCAGAGCUCAUAUUCUGCUCUCAAAAAACUUAAGUCUUACCCCCUUAAUGGAGGAAAUGAUCCAUUGAGUAGAUCAAAUAAGUCAUCAAAAGACUCAUUGCUUUUUGCAGCUUCAACAGCCAAAAAGAAUGGUGAGAGCAAUAAGAUGACAAAUGGUGAUUCAUGGGACAAAUCUGCUCUACUCAGCAUCCAAAGGGAGCUCUCUGAGAUUUCUUCAGAUUAUCAUAGUUUAAGAGCGGGACAUCUUUCCCAAGCCAAGAAUAAUCUUAAAUCAGAUGAAAAAGGGUCUGCCAAGAAAUCAAGCAAGGUUGCUUCAAAUCCACCAGGAAAAUCUUCUAAAAGUAAACAAAGCAAAAACAAUAAACUGAAAAAACUGAAUUGCAUAAACUUUUUCCUUCACAGCGAAUUCAGCCCGUUUUUGUCAUGGGGGGAUUUCAAUAAAUUCUCCAUCAGGCAGGAGCACAUUUCGGAGAUUGUGUUGAGCAACAGGCCACCUGAAUGGUAUGACUCGCCUCUUUACAAAGAAUUGACUGCAGCACAUGGGCACUAUAAAUUAAGCGUCCCCCCAUCAGUUGAAAAAGAAGUUGAAAUGUGUCCAAAACAAAGUGAGACUCAUCCACUUAAACCACAGCUUGGUUCUGUACAAACAGCAGCACCUAAUGAACCCCCAAAACCAGAGAAAGAGUCCGGGCACAUCCAACAAAAUAUUCCUACAAAGGCUCCUCCGCUAGUCGCUGAACAGAGAUGCAAUUCAGAAAGAGUGGAAGCUUGCAUUCCCUGGCGAAAAAGCCGAAGUAGAGCAAAAAGUGCUGCUCCUGUGGGGCAUUCCAUCAAUUUACCUGCCGGCGAAAAGACAAACGCUGGAGAAGGGAGUGCACAGGAAUUUAAAAAAGAAGUCAAGACAAUGGAGGACCAGAACUUCACUAGUUCAACUCCUUUCAGUAUUUCACAGCUGUUGACACCAGUAAUACCCUCCAGACAUGGGACAGAAUCUUCAGAAAUACUGCAAACUGUGCUCUCACCCACUGCCCUGGAGAUCCCAGCACUCUCUGAGAGAGAACUGCAUCCCUCGCCAGAGAUUAAGAGAGAAGGGUACAAAUCCAUAGCAUCAAGCCUGUUGUACAAUCUCAAGGACAACAGAAAACGGGUUAAGGCCAUGUACAGUCCACCUAAGUUUAAAGGUUUGGACUCUACAAAUCAAAGUAAAGAGUCUCCCCAGCUUGAAGUGUCAAAAGAUGUGCUUGAAAUACCAGAUAACUCAGAAGCUAAAACAAUUUCACCUGGUCAUCACAAAGCCAUUAUCUCUCCAAUGAGUCCCUUGCUCGAAACUGCGAAUGGUGGAAUGCCAGAUGACUAUUUGGCACUGAGUCUGCUUCAAUCUGGAAAAUUAAAAUCAAACAGGAGCCCUGCAACUAACAAGGCAAAAUACCCAUCAUUACAACUUUACCAAAAAGCUAGUGCUGAGGAGAUCAGAGAGAAUGCUCAAACUGUGGUUGACGUCAGCUCUCAGGUUUCCACAGAAAAAGCCAGCAAAGAUCAUGACAUCAAGCAUAAUUAUCCAAGUAAAUUGUUGAAAGGUGUAGAGUUGCGAAACAAAAAUGAUACCUUAGAGUCAAUGCUAAAUGCCAAAAAGCUCACUAAAGGUAUAAAUAGUGAAAGGACUAUUGAAAACAAAUCUGGAAAAAGCCCAGGUGUAAGUUUAACAAAACUGGAAGAACAAGCCAUUAGUGAUGGUACAAAUCAAAUUAAGGACAGAUUGGAAACUAGGGGAACAGUCAGUGCACAGAAAAGCCCUGUUAGAGAAAAAGAAUCAAACAGAAAGGAGGCAGGAACAAAACAUGCAUUUUCUGCACGACAGAACAACUACAUUAAAAGUCAGAGAUUUGUAAGUACAGAUGAUGAUAAAAAUCAUGAUGAUAGGUCUAAUGCAGAAGAAUGGCUGAUGGAUAUAAAAAUAAAAAAUGUUAAUGAUGAGUGCUCCAGGCAUUCCAAAAAUACAAAAACGAAAGAGAUAAGACAAGAGGAGCAUAAUGAAGGAAUAUGUAAAGAUAAAGGACUAGUACAAACAACAGUGGAUGGACCACUAUUGAAAGAAAAUGUUAAUGUAAGUGGAGAGGCUACCACAGCUAAAGAACAGAGCAGUAUUACAUCAAAGAAUGGGUUGGAAAGUCAAAGAGAGCAAAAAGUAAAAGAUGAAAUUUUCUCAGUGAAAGGAAACACUUCUGCAAAGAGAGCACUGUUUGCAUCAAUGGAACCGGUGCCAAAUAAGACAACUGCACCCUUAAAGAGAGAUAAUGUUGUUAUAGAUAAGUAUGACUUGGCCAAAAUGGCUUUAGAGGAAGUAAUUGCUGAACGAGAGCAAAGAACUUUGAAAAAUAAUGCAUGUGGUUGUGAAAAACCUCAAGAUGAUCUUGAGUUACCCAACAGUGGAGAGGACAAGCUACCUAGUAUGUUUAUGCUGAAUGAAAUGGGGACAAGUACAAAAUAUGGCAAAGGUCAGAAUAACAUAUCAACUUUUGAAACCAAUUGGCAGACUGUGCAAACAAAGUCAGAAGACAUGGCCAAACAUGGUGAAAGUCAUGUGCCUGAGGUAAAAUUAGCCAGGCCCUGUAAGCAGGAAGCAUUUAAUGGGCAGCGGCAGCAUGCAGAACCUAUAAAAUAUAAUGAGAGAGACAGACUGUGCCUAGAUCAUCAAGAAAGCAACACAAAUAAUAUCAGUAAGGGUGAUAAAAUACACCAAAAGAAAGAGUUGAUGAAUAAAAAUAUAAAUCAAGCAAUGAAAUGCACAAAAAUGGGAGGUAAUUUGGAAAGUAGAGAUAUUUGUAGUGUGGGACAGUAUGAGGAAGAGUUGGGUGUUGUCAAAAGGGGUAGUUCUUAUAAACCUGAGAUAACCCCAAAAAGAGGGAGAAGUGAUUCUCACAGUAAUGAAGGAGUAGGUGAAAAGACAGAAGGUAAUUUGGAAUUUAAAAGAGAAGGUGAGACUACAGGCAAAACUGAGAUAAUGGAAAGUAGGGGAAUAAGAAAAGUUCAGUCAAGUCAAACAAAGAAUCGAGGCCCAGUGAGAGGAAAUGUAUCAGCUCUGAAAGAGAAGUACAACAAAGAAAUUAAGGUGAACCGCAAGGAUUUUCAGAAAGACCUGCCUGUUGGAGGUACAUGUUCUGAAAAGUCUAUGGAAGAGAGAACCAUUGAAAAGGCCCCAAAAGACAAAAUGAAACACAAAUUUGUUCCACCACAACUCACUGUCUGUGAUACUGAAAGUGGCACUUAUUCCAUUAUCAACAAUCAGAUGGUUUCAGAAAGUGAAAUAAUUCCCAACAGCUCUUCAAAAGAAUCAGAUAGAAGCGAGGAACAUUUUAGUUCACAGAGGAAACACAGCCAAGUCACCCAAGACUUCCAAAAGGAUGUAGGUGAUCUCACAAACAACAUAAACGAAGGAACACAAGACAAGGCAAAAACAAAUGAGAAGGAAGAAGGUGCUGACAAGCAAAACAAAUCCAAAGGUCCAAAAGUGUAUGUGAAAGACUUCUUAAGUGGAGUUCUUGGACUGUCAAGCUCAGAAAGGGUCAAAACAGUAGAUGAACUUGAGGAAGAACUCUCUGAAACACUGUCCGCAGAGUCUUUCAGACCUGAUAAAGUCAGAAAGGACAGUAUCACAGUUUAUGAUAUCCUUGGACAGUCUCACUCUGUAUCCUCGUUAAAUGGCAAACAAACACAUCACAGCAGUAGUUUUUCAAACUCAGGUGAACCCUCUCUACUGCACGAAUCUGAACAGGGGGCACAACCAGAGGAGUUGUUAAGGAAGGCCGAAGUCUGCAACAUGAAAGAAAAAGUAGAUGAAAAGGAGAAGGAGACUUUCCAGAAACCAUCAAUAGAUUCCUGCUCAUUAAACAACCAUGAAAGUGAGUCAGAUGUCUCUGACAGGGUAGUUUCUCCACCGAGUGAUGUGGACAAGAGGGGAUGGGUCCACAGCUUGAUUGAGUCAGCUAGAAACUUAACACAAAUACCACACAGUCGUACGUCCUCCGAGGAUAAACAAAACAACUGUUUGAAAAGAUCUGAGAAGGAUGAGGAAGAUCUGGACCUCUUCAAAGAUCAUUGUCAAGUUGAGAUGCCUGUUGUAUCAGACAAGAGUCCCCAACCAAACCAACCAGAAAUGCAGUUCUUGUCUGUUCCAGCUACUCACCUGGUCACAGUCAAAGACAGAAAGUCGUCGGUUGGAAGUGCCUCUGUGUCUGAGGAGGAGGAGCGAUGCUCUGCCGUGAGCACUUUAUCUGAGGGAAUUGAUGGCUAUGAAACAAGCAGAGGAGAUAUGAUGGAUGAGAACAUAUUUAACACUGCACCAAGAGAGGAUAGGGAGGCAUCCAAGGCACCAAGCGAGAGAUCUGCUUCAGCCAGUAGUGGAAACGACAGUCAGGGUCAGAACAAGCCACCUGUAGUACCUCCAAAAACCGAAAAGGCUCUACGCCGAGCCAUGAAGCUCACCACACGGAUGAUACAAAAAGCUGAAGCUAAAAGCAAAUCUGAGCAAAAAGGUGACAAAAGUGUCGCUCACAAGGCUGAGAGGAGGAACCACUGCACUGACAAAGUACAUGACAGAUCAGAACACAGAUCGCUUAGCAGUGACAGAAUCAGCAGUAAGCAAAGCAAACCUCACGAUUACACGGUUGAGCACAAAGCUCAAAGAAGCGAGAAGCAUGGUAGACGCCAUAACGGUCACAAGAGCCAAAAUGUAGAAGAGAAUGAUCCUAGUGCGAAAGUGCCACAUGAAACCAAAGGCAAAGAUACUGGUGACUCAAAGACCCAUCGCAAUAAGGAACAACAAGAAGGCACAUCAAACCGUGGGGAUAAUUUGGAGAAUGGCCAAAUAAGCAAUGACAGUGCCAGACUUGGCCGAAGCAAUGAGAAAUACUUGCCCAAGAAACUAGAACGUAGGACUCAAAGUCUAGAUAGAUUUUUAAGGGAUAAGCCCGGAAACAUAUCGAGCAGCAGUGGGAAAACUGGUGUUGACGUUCAUUCAACAGAAGGAUCACAAUACUCUACUCAAAAAGGAAUAACUUUACGCCACAACAGCAUUGAACAUAAUUAUGCACCAGACACUAAUUAUGUAACACAGUCCUUCCCGAUGACCCAAAGGAAGCUUUUACAGGACCCUGACUCUGGGGAAUACUUUCUGGUGGAUAUGCCUGUACAGGUCAAAACAAAAACUUUCUUUGACCCGGAAACAAAAAGUUACGUGCAACUUCCAGUACAAUCUCCUGAGGCUGCUGUGCGACAAGUUCCACCAUUGGAAAUUAUGAACACACCACCACUUAUGCUGUAUCAUGGUUUUGUUCCAGUGCCCCUACCAUCACAGAAAUCUGUUAUGAGGACUGGAGGAUCUAUGAUUCCUCCUGAUAACCUGGAAGACUUUGAACCUAGCAGGAAACAGAUGCAGGAAACCUUUUAUAAAACGCAUAAUGAAGAGGUAAAUCCUUACUCUGAGCCUGUGUAUAUUUCACAAGAACAUACACCCGAAGAUGAAAUUGAUAGUGUGAGAUGAAAAGAUCCAGUAUAAAGCAGUGGGUGUUUGUCCAGAGUUUGAAUGUGACUGAAAUCAGGGAUUUGUGUUGUUUGUUUUAGGUCUGGUGUGCCAUGGGAAAGUGUUUCUAGUAUGUAUGCUGUUCUUUGUUUAUAGUGCACAAGACAUGAAUUGUAAAUGUUUAAUUCUUAUUAAAGUAAGGCCUAGUUCUCUUACCGUUAAAAGCACUUGUCUGUUUGUAACAAGGAGUUGAGAUUUGCCUAAUUAAAAGUAGUUUUGCUUUCAUAAAAACAAUUCGAAAGAGAUUAUUUUGAUACAUCUUGUAUUUGAGUUUUGGAAGUGAUUAGUCCACAGUAUUUUUCACAGCAGAAAGGUAUUGUAAAAAUGAAGAGAUAGGUGUUUUAUAUGCUUAAAAUUGUAUAUUUGACAAAUGCUGAUUGCAUUCUGGUAGGGCUGUAGUACUCGAGUUCGGUCUUGGACUCGAGUCCGGACUCGAGACAUUUUUCUGUCGUCUCGGACUUGUCUCGGACUCGUUGAAUUUGCACUCGGACUUGUCUCGGACUUGGCCAUUGGACUCGCCAAGUCUUCUAGUUGGUCUCGACCGAGUCCAGCAAAAAAAUAAAAUAAAAAUUUCUCCUUCAAAACAAAACCACAUUUGCAUGAUGUCGCGACUGAAAACGUGUUGAAAACGCUAGGCGCGCUGCUCUCCUUAUUUCCAAAGCACUCUGUAGCCUGCGCUUGCGCUCCAGUGGCGUCUGCUGUUGCUGGGCAACCAUGACCCGCUCUCCAUGAUGACGCAGACGUUUCAGCAAAGAAUAAAUGGAAUUCCAACACUUAAAAUCACUUGCAGUAGCUCUGCUAAUAGAUUCAUUUAAAAAAUGGCUAUCCUUGUACAACUAUGAUCAUCUGUUUCUCCAUCUUGCCUUAGCUUUCAGUACUGUUCCGGGAAAGGAUGUGCAUGACCAGCGGUGCACUUACUGCGACAGGAAAAGUUUAGAUGUUUCUAAUUUAAUUUUCUACCUGUUAGAUUGUGUUUUAUUUACGUCUACACCUAGAUAGCCUUAAACGUAUCCUGUACAAUAACGAAAAACUAAUUAUUGUUGUACAGUAUAGGGGUUGCAAGACUACUGAUUUCUACUAGUCGAUUUUUUUAAUCAAAAAUGCUUGAGUUACUCGACUAUACUCGUGGUUCAUGCUAUUGUAAAUGAAAACACAUUAAAUAGUUUUUUUUUUUUUUUUUUUUUCAAUAAACGCGUAGUAAUGUAUAGCUUUAUGCAACAAUUACAUAUGUAAACUUUAUAAUUAUGACAUUACAUAUUUACAUUUUCAUGUAGCAGCCAGUAUUUGUAUCUGUAACAAUCACAAAAUUUUUCCUAUCUGCAUACGGAUACAACAUCGUACAGUUACUUGAUAAGACUGUUAUGACUUUUUAUAUAUUUUUUCGUAGUUAUCACUGAACAAGUAUGUCGUGUUAAACUGAAAUAAUUAUUAAUUUCUAAAAUAAUAUUUAUCAUGCAAGCAGAGAUAUGUCAUGACAAACGUUGAGUGAUCAUUUGAACACGACUGAAUCAAUUCAAUGCACACAUUCUCAUUACGCAGAACACUUUGAGUCUUAAUGUUAAUGAACUUCACUAAACAGAUGUGUGUGUUCCGCGCAAACCAGCAAAAGGUAAAUAUGCAAACAUGUAGGACAAGUAGACAAUGUAUCCAUAUCUAUGUUGAUUAUUAGCCUACUCUUGAGAGAGAACUGAUUUGGUUUUUGAGAGACUGAGACGCGCAGCGCGGCUGUUUGAUCGGUGAGUGCGCUGUGCUUAUUCCAUUCAUUCGUAUCAUGGUAGCCUAAGCUUUCAAUAUUUGCCUUUUAAAUAUAUACAAAUAAUAUAAAGUGUAGCUAUGAUGUAUUAUUAUAGGUAAAAUUACUCUUGCAACGCUCUGAUUUCUGAGAGAUGCACAGAGAGGCGACAACAAUGCAGUGUUUGAUUUGCGCGCUUUUCACUCAUAAAGUUUACAUUCAUUCACUUCUGGCGCUGAUGCCCUGGCUCACCUGUUAUCUAGCAAACACCAGACUGUGUCAGCUUCAGUCGAGUAUUCAGGCAGAAUUAUUCCUUGUCCGUUAUUCGUUUUUUAAGCCAUUAUCCUUGCCAUUCCGAAUAAGGUAUUCGGCUUCAGGCACAACCCUAAUUAUUACAUUACAUAUUUUAUUUUUACAUGCAACAUAGAUAAGGUCAUAUAGUAACAGCUCCACGCAAUAUUGUAAUUCUAAAAUUCACGUCGUACUUGCAAACACUUUGUAUGCAUUAUGGUUAAUGCAUGCUGGAGUAGUCGAUUGUUUCCAACAGCGCCGAGUAGUCUAUGCAAGCACUAGCACAGUAUGACAAAAAUUUGCUGUAUUUAUGUGCGCAUGCCCAGUAGAGUUAAACGUAUCCAUUCUAGCCUUGCUGCGCGCAUUUGUCAUAUCCCGAGCUUUGCGUGUGUCUGUGCACUGUGCCAAUUAGGCAUAGUCAUAUACAUUUUUGAUCACAGAUAUAAUGUCAACAAAAAAUAAAGUACAUAAAAAUUAUUUGACCUUACAGUUCCAAACUUUGUUUGUUUAUCCAAGUUUAGCUCCCAGGGUCGGACUGGGGGUAAAACCAGUACUCAUUAGCAAGGCCCCAAAGGAAGAGAGGGCCCUUGAAAAGUAUGAAUCUGAAAUAUAUUUUAUUUUACCUGGAUAUUUUCAUGGGUGGGGGGCAUGGGGGCCCAUCAGGACUGCCUAUGCAUAGGGCCCGGGAUCUUGUUUAAUGCCCCUGUUAGCUUUAACCCUAAUUAUACACACUUGAACCUAAUCAAGCUCUUACUAGACACACUAAUCUUCCAGGUGUUUUAAGGCCAGUUGGAGCUAAACUUUUCAGGACAUUGGCCAUCCAGGAUGUAGUUUGGAGACCCCUGUCCUACAGAGUUGUUACUUUGCACAUGCUUUUUGAUCAUAACAAAUAAUAAUGUCAAUUAAUUUUCUUAGAAUAGGAGAUAUGCUGUCUCUCGCAUCACAAAUUUUAUCAGUAGUUAAGUAUGUGGUCUUGAAGAGGACCCUUUUUUCUUUAAUUUGGACUCGGUCUUGGACUUGGACUCGAAACUUUUGGACUUGGACUUGACUUGGACUCGAACCUCUUUGGACUCGGUCUUGACUCGGUCUCGACUAGUCCUGGACUUGGACUUGACUUGGACUCGACAAAGCUGGACUUGACUACAGCUCUACAUUCUGGGUGCAUUUUGGAAUGAAUUAGUUUAUUUAAAUGGAUUGUUGCUUCAGAAAAGAACCAUUCCAAUAAAAGCAUUAUCAAUGA